AUUCCGAAUGCUGCUGAUGGACCGUCGAAGUUGAAUCGCUGAGUGUUUUCGGCGAUAACUGCAUAUAUUUUCUCUCAGAAAGGAUCAUUGGAAGGCACAACGUGGGAGACAAUGGAUGAUCAGUACUCUGCGCAGUUCUUUACAUCCUUUGUAGAGAAGCUUCAAGGAUUGUGUAGAAGUUACUUGAACUUCAGUCAGUUUGUGGAGGUCAGUGGCUAUGUGUGUGUGGAGAUUGACAACAUGAAGAAGGAGAGAUACGUCCUCAGUGAACUGCUACAGAGCAGUGGUAAUGUGGUCAGUGAGAGCUUCUGUACAAAAGUGUUCAUGACCUCAGGAAAAGGUCAGUCGCAACCUCCUGAAAAGAUGAGAAGAAAAGAUGUGAGACCUCCUCGAGACACCAUAGACAAGGAUGUCAAAGUGUUUAGUCAGCAGAGUGUCGGCUCAGUUAGCUGUCAGCCUGUCUUCCCCAGCAGAGGAAACUCUGAUUCCAUGGUACUACCUCAUCUUCCAGUGACUCAGGAUCUCCAUGAAGGAGGCUCCUCACAGAGUGACAGAAAACCAGGACUCGACAUCGGCCAGUUCAACCUCCACAAGCCCACUUCAAUCAGGAGUCAGUCCUGCUCUGAGAUGGGUUCCGAUGAAGCAUACCGGAGUACAUUCCAGUCCACUAGUCCCAGGGUUAAGAGGAGGAUGGUGUCGGGAUACGCUGAAAGCACUCCUCUCCGGUCUCCAGCAUCAGUCAGCAAUCAGUCCUUCAGUUCGGAAUCCGAGCCGUCUGGUGACGUGCUGAACAUUGCUUCCGGGACCAGUGAGAUUCAGGUGACGCUGCCAGACUCUCUUGCCGAGGAUGUAGGAGACUCGCAGGAACCAGCAGACGCAAACACUGCAGAUGAUGAAGUCAUAGACCUGGACAUGUUUGAUGAUGAACUGGUGAACAGCCCUCUUGACUUUACCUCUUCCUUUCAAGAACACAGUUUCGCAGAUUUCAGACCAAAUACAUCAUUUGAUUCCAGCAUGCUCUUUCUCGAGAAGCACCAGAAAGCUCCAAAUCCAGGUUCUUUAAAUGUCUUGAAAUCUGUGGUGAAGCGAUUCAAGAAGUAUCACUUUGAGAAAUCCGGUCAUGAAUUUAAUUUGAUGGCCACCCCUCCUGAAGAACUGAAUGAUCUGUUGCUGGACUAUCUCAUCGGGGCAAAAAAGUCUGAUGGAAGUGACUUAACAGUGGGUUCUUUGAAGAACACUCAAGUGUAUCUUGAGAGGUAUUUGAAACAAGAAGGAUAUCCUUAUUCUAUAACCAGGGACGAUAGGUUCAAACCUUGCAGAGACUACAUCAAGAGUAAACAGGAUGAGUGUGGGAAGACCCGGGCGGGUAUAAAACAUGUGCCGAUAGACGACAACGACAUCGAGGUCAUGUUCCAAAAGAACCUUCUCGGAGCACACAACCCAGACUCCCUCUUUAACACAAUGUGGUUCCUAAACUCAAAAUAUUUUGCCAAACGAAAACCAGGGGAACAUUUCAACAUGAAGUGGGGAGAUAUUGUAUUGAAGAUCAGUGAGGAUGGCGAGGAGUACCUUGAACGUCCAAUAAACAGUUCCUUUUCUCUAAAAGUGUUUGCAAAGCCGGAAGAUCCUGAGAGAUGUUUUGUGGACUUUUAUAAGCAAUAUAGAGCCAAGAGACCCAAGAUGACGUUAGAUAAAGAGUUUCCCUUUUAUCUGAGGAUCAACAAGAUUCCAGGGACCCAGUUCAUGUGGUACUUGCCUGAGCAGAUGAUGUGGUCGCCUUUUACUUACAUAUGGAGGAAAAUAGUUGUAGCUGCAGGACUUCCGUUGGCAAAGAAAAUUUUAUGAGGAAGCUGAAAUGAGAUGACACUUCUUUAUCAUGGAGUGAGAGGUUACCAGACAGCACUAUGGAGAAGGAACACUCGGCACAGUUUUUCAGAUCCCUUUUGCAAAAUAUACGAAGAGAAUGUCACAAUCAUGUGAACUUCAGUGAGUUUGUGGAGGUCAGUGGCUAUGUGUGUGUGGAGAUUGACAACAUGAAAAAAGAAAGAUAUUUGCUCAGUGAACUACUACAGAGCAGUGGUAAUGUGGUCAGUGAAAGCUUCUGUGCACAGGCUUUCAAAACAACGGGCCAUUCUGAUUGUUUGGGAAACACAGAUGUAAGCAGACAGGAUGACAGUAGCUGUUACACUUCCCAUAGACAUAGUACACACUCAAUGAAACCCUCGUUUCCAGAAGCUGACCAAGCCCAGGUUAUGCUUGCAGCUGCCUCUAAAGAAGGUUCUGACUUUAAUCAUGAAUACACACCAUUGCUGGCACCAUCGUCUCAGUCCUAUGGUUCAGAAACUAGCUUCAAAACAGAGUCUGUGUAUGAAGAACAGUCAUUUCAAAGUGAAGAGGCACAGGUGACUUUGCCUCAAACUUCUUCCAAAAGUGUCGAUGAGUAUGUGGUUUGCCCUGAGGUACCAGAACCCGAGGACAUCAUAGACUUAGACUUGUUUGAGAAUGAACUUGAUUCUCCAGUGUCCAUGGAAGAAGAGGGUUUUCCUGCUGCAUCUCUAGGAGCUGCUUCGGUUGAUUCCUAUGGCGGUACAACAAAGAAGAGCAAUCUCAGCCCGGGGACACUAAACGUGGUCAAGAACUCUGUGAAGCAGUUCCGAAGGUUUCACUUUGACAGGGCAGGCAUAGAUGUUCAUCUGCUUUCAACUCCCCCGGAGAAACUUAAUUUGUUGCUGUUAGACUAUUUCAAGGAAGCAAGGAAGAUGGAUGGACGAGAGUUGAACGCCAGAACAUUGAAAAAUGUGCAGGUUCAUCUGGACAUGUUUCUGAAGGAUGCUGGCUAUCCAUACUCCAUCAGUAAGGACAGACCGUUCCAGUCUUGCCGAGACUAUCUAAAGAGGAAGAUAAGUGAAGGUGGGAAAGUUGUGGCCCAGAAACAUUCUCCGGUUGAUGAUAAUGACAUAGAGACGUUGUUCCAGACCAGCCAGCUUGGUGCCCACAGUCCUGAAACCCUCACCAACACUAUGUGGUUUCUUAACUCCAAAUACUUUGCCAUCAGACGGCCUGCAGAGCACCUAGGCAUGAAAUGGGGAGACCUUUUGUUGAAGACCAAUGAACAAGGGCAGGAAUAUUUAGAACGCCCAAUCAAUAACAGUUUUUCCCUGAAAGUGUUUGCCAAGCCUCAGACCCCAAACAGAUGCUUUGUGUACUUUUACAAGCAGUACAGAGCCAUGAGACCCAAAAUGUUUCUCGAUGAAGGAUGUCCAUUUUAUCUGAAGUACGAUAGGAACCAGGGCCCAAGAAACUAUCAUCUUCUGUCCGAGGCGCCAUCAUACACUUCCUUUCUAAAUAUUUGGAGGAAAAUGAUUACCGGGUCAUAUCUCCCCAUUAAUAAGAAGAUAUACUAAGUAAAAUGUUCAAUGGAGGGACUUAUGGAGAUUCAUUGAAGAAGGAGAAUUUAAUCAGCUUUGUGUUUAGCCUUGAAAUGAUGUGAGCACUGCACCUACCUACCGAUGGGGACUUGGGAUAGAACAGGUACACAUACCAUCUGUGCUCAAUCUCAUUAAAAUCAGAUCUUAGUUCUCGCUACCGCUAAACAAAGAUCUGAAGACAUCCCAUUACGGGUCACGUCAGACCGACCUUGCGCGAACUUUGACCGGCCAAUGGAAUGACCAAUG